GUUCCAGCGGUUGCAAGCCAAGAUGGCGGCAGUCGGCCCGCCGUGCAUUCGUGCAGUGUUGGCUGGAGCUGGUGUGGCAAUGAUGGGCGAGGCACCUGUGGUCAAUGCUGUGUUGCAACUGACUCAGAAACAGCCUUCCGAGGUGAGGCUUCUCUACUUGGGCACGGCUACAUAUGACAUAGCCUCAUUUAGGCAGAAGCAGACAGGGGCAUUUGCGGAUCGCGGCGUGGUCAUCAACAUCUUAGACGUGGCAUGCCGCACGCCGACGCCAGCUGUGGUUGACGAAGCCAUAAACGGUGCAGACAUCAUCCUCGUUUCAGGCGGGAACACCCUGUUCGCGGUGGACCGCUGGCACAAGGCCGCGAUGGUUGAGCCGCUUCGCCGGGCCAUGGGCCGAGGGGCGGUUCUGUGUGGUGGCUCGGCCGGAGCCGGUUGCUGGUUCGACGCUUUGCACUCGGACAGCAUGGAUCCGGAUUGGUAUCGGGACAUCAUGCUGGCGGGAAAGGGUGCAGCCGCAGAGAAGGCUCCUGGUGAAGCUUCGUCAACUGGCGAGAGGCGCGAGUGGGAGUAUAUUCGUGUUCCCGGUUUGGGCUUUUUGCCAGGACUCCUUUGUCCGCAUCACGACCGUGUUCAGAGUAACGGUGUUCUCCGCUCUACCGAUUUUGCCGAGAUGCUGCGACGCCAUCCGGGUGAGACAGGCUUAGCCAUCGAUCAUUUUGCUGCCCUCGUGCUGUGCGACGCUGAGUAUCAAGUGCUGACGCUGCCAGACAAGCCAGGCUCCGUCAUGCCAGACGGAGCGAAUCAACCUGGUCAGGGCGUUCCGGGUAUUUGGCUUAAGUCUGUGGCCGCGGAUGGGGUGAUCCAGGAGAAGGCACUUCCCAAACAGGGCCCAACAGCGGCAUUAUUGCAUCCAGCGCGAGCUAUUGUGGAAGAUGUUCGGGUGGAGAAGGUGCGUGCGGCCAAUCCCAGCCAUGACCUCUAG